CAAAAUCUACUCGUCGGACUGUAACCUGAGGGUCCACCUCCUCUGAUGCUGCGGCUCUAACUCUGCCUAUCGAUCAUUGCACAUGUCAUAUGCUGUAGGAAGUGAACUGGUGGUCUGAGGCAUAGCUUUGAACACCGUAACGACUCGGUUAAAAACUUAAAUUAACGGUAUGCCUCUCCGGGUAGUCGUGAAGGGGCCUGGACCCUGGGGCUUUAGGCUGGUUGGCGGUAAGGACUUCGAGCAGCCCCUGACUAUUUCCCGGGUCACCCCAGGGAGUAAAGCUGCCCAGGCCAACCUGUGUAUUGGAGACAUGAUCCUGGCGAUCGACGGAGAACCGACUGAGCCCAUGACUCACUUGGCGGCGCAGAACAAGAUCAAGGGGUGCAUCGAGGAGAUGGUGCUCUCCGUAGACAGGUCAGAAACUAAAUUGUGGUCCCCGCUUUCAUCUGAGGAAGGGAGAUCACAUCCGUACAAGAUGAAUCUGGCAGCAGAGCAAAAGGAGGUGAAACACAUAGGCUCCACCCACAACAGGAGCGCUCUGCCCUUCAGCGGCUUCGGCCCCACAGUGGUGACCAACCAGUACAACAGCCCCUCAGGUCUCUACUCCUCAGAGAACAUCAAGGACUUCAACGAGGCAGUGGACGAAGUUAAAACCAUCGUGACAGCCAAUGAGCUCAGCCACAAAGCUGCUUCAGAUCCUUCGCAGGCAGGCAAGAUGCCCCCUGUAGUCGCAGACUCUGAAGUGUACAAGAUGCUGCAGGAGAACCAGGAGUAUGACGAGCCCCCCCGACAGUCUGCUUCAUUCAAAGUGCUUCAGGAGAUCCUCGAGACAGGUGACCCUGAUAAACCGUCCGGGUUCAGGAGUGUGAAAGCACCCGCAACAAAGAUGGGAUCCUCGGUGGGGAACACGGACAAGUUACCCUCCUGUGACAAAUGUGGAUCCGGGAUUGUGGGGCUGGUGGUGAAGCUGAGGGACAAGUUCCUUCACCCUGAGUGCUACACCUGCACAGACUGCGACGUCAACCUCAAACAGAAGGGACAUUUCUUUGUGGAGGACCAAAUUUAUUGUGAGAAGCACGCACGUGAACGAGUGACGCCUCCAGAGGGCUACGACGUGGUCACCGUGUUCCCCAAGUAGAGCGCUGGGCUCCGCCUCGGACUACACUCCACUCUGACAGCAUGACAUAAUCCCAGACAUUACAGCAUUUAGCAGCUCAUGCUACUCCGAAAACUUUAAAUUGGUCUCUCGCAUUAUGUUUCAGAGCAGUCCCUGGUAGGCACGACGAGAAAAAACGACAUCUUUAGAAAGGUUGAUUUGCACAUUGACUUUGGCAUCUACAAAAGGAAAAUCAAUUUUGAAUAAUAUUUGUCCUUGUACAUGUUCAGUAUGUUCUUUUGAAUCAUGGAAACAAGGAAAAACCACUUCUUGACACAUGUUUUCUACAAUUUUAUUAAAUAAAUAGACUUUUAUGCAGCAAAAACAGCUCAAAAUAACCUUUUUGAAUGUCAUUACCAAAUAAAUAUGUUUAGCUUACA